AUGGGCCGAGCCAGUCUGGCUCAACCUCAACGCAACAAUCGAAAAACAUGCAAACUCAUCACCGAAGCAGCCGAAAACGGCGCGCAGAUAAUAACAUUCCCAGAAUGCUGGGUACCAGGCUAUCCAGCCUGGAUCUGGUCACGACCAGGCGACAUGGACCUAACAACCCGCUACGUCCAGAACUCACUCAAGAUCGACUCACCACAGAUGAAGAAAGUCCAGCAAUGCCCCAGCACCUCCAAGAUUGUCGUUGUACUAGGAUUCUCCGAGAAUAUCAAUGAUUCGCUGUAUAUCGCACAGGCCAUCAUCGACGCCGAUGGCGAAAUACGCAUCGCCCGCAAGAAAAUCAAAGCUACGCAUAUGGAGCGGACGAUUUUUGGGGAUUCAUUCGGUGACUGUCUUGAUAGUGUUACCGACACAGCUGCAGGCCGGGUCGGUGCAUUGUCUAGUUGGGAACAUAUCCAGCCAUUGCUCAAGUAUCACACGUACUCGCAGCGAGAACAAAUCCAUGUUGCUGCAUGGCCACCACUGUUCGAUGAUGAUGAUGGGGAGGGACUCUAUUCAAUGUCGCGUAGUGGCACGGCUGCGAUUGCACAAACGCACGCUAUAGAAUCUCAAUCAUUUGUCCUACAUACGACAGCCGUCAUCAGUCAGGCUGGUAUUGAUAUGAUGAAAACGCAGGGAGGAGCGAUAAUGAAUAGACCCGGUGGUGGGAGCUCGGCUGUUUUUGGACCGGAUGGUCGUAAGUUGACACGCGAUCAUCCCGAAAACGAGGAGACUAUCUUGUAUGCCACCUUGGACUUGGACGAUAUACUCAAAUCGAAGGCAUUUGUGGAUGUGUGUGGUCACUACAGCCGGCCGGAUUUGUUGUGGCUCGGGGCUGAGAGCGAGGUUAAGCUUCAUGUUAGGCCGAAGAAGAGUCAAUAG